UUGUGCGGCAAUCAUACCUUCUGGUCACUUGGUCCUGAACCUUACCAAGGAAACCUUCCAAAGUCUGGGUCUAGAGGGGUCACAGUCUGCCUUUUCCACGGAGCGAUAUGUCGUGAGCAAUUAAAGGACAAGACCGGCCAUUUCUGAAACCAUGCCACAAAAGCACGUUGUAGCCAGCCUGCAAGACUUGGCAUUGUUAUCUGUAGGAGAAUGGGUGAAGAUGGUGGGCCGUGGCUUGAUAGAACCUACGUACUUGAUAACACAGAAAGACCAAUGCCAGGGUCAACUGUUUCUGGUGAACACUCUGUCCUACGUCAGGGAAUUGUUGUACACUUCCGUCCCAAGAUAUCUACAUGACCAGAUGGCCAACCAGGUGUUAACCUCUACUGACGAACUCAUCAACGAAACAAAGUCCAGUUACAACAACUUCUGUCCGAUGGCUGUGUUUCUCAAUAAGAUGAAAGUCGUGGUCAGUCUGACUGAAGUAGUCAUGCACCCGAUGCUGAAACAACUGGAUGUUUACCACUGGCCGAAAAUCAUGAGGCACGUGAUGAACCAGAAUCUGAGCAAACUCGUCGGACUAGAAAGGUUGAAUCUGGGGUCCGGUUCAGCAGGGUGGGACACGAGCGAAGCGGAGAAACACAUCUUAUCAGGAGUCCAGUGGAUGUCCAAUCUCACACACUUCUGUCUGUGUUUUGACUGUACCAACACCAUCAUCAUGACUCUCGGUAACAAUUGUCCUUCCUUGCAAAGUCUGGACGUCACAUCUUCCAGGUCAGUGACUGAUCGCAGUAUCCGCUAUCUUCUCCAGUGCAAGAGGUUGAAGGAAGUCAAGCUCUAUCGAACUUCAGUAUCCGUCACCGGCUAUUGUGACUUACUCUCUGGUCUUCCAAACAUUCAAGACAUCGGUAGAUGUGAUGAGCUUGGGCGAGUGCUGAUUAGUCUCGAAGAAAUGUCUUCUGAACCUCUGCCUCUUCUCGCCCUGCAAUGUAGAGAUUUGACAGAAGAUCAACUCAAGUUACUUGUGACCUACUGCCCUCGACUGAACAACCUCUCUAUUUUUCAUGAUGAAAGAAUUGCCGAUUUGACUGUUCUGAGUGCCUUGAAUGAUUUGACGGAUCUCAAAAUUUUGAACUGUGAUUUUUUUACUGAUCAUGUUAAAGAGCUUUUGGAGCAACGGGGCAAAAACCUAAACUCUCUUUCUCUUGAACACGUCGAUGAAAUUGAUCUCAACGCUUUGAUUGCCAUUAGCCAGUACUGUCCAAAUUUAAAAAUACUAAGUUUUGUAAAUUGUGAAUUCGGUAAUCACCGCACUCUGUUAUUCAAUUUGAAAAAGUUGGCUGUGCAUCCAUUUGCAUACUUGGAAAAAUUGCUUCUAGUCGCAGACUGUGAUCGGGAACAUCUGGAGUUUCUGAUGGCGCAUUGCAAGAACAUUCGCAUGAUUCAGCUGGGUUCCUCCACCGGCAUAGACAAUGCUACUUUUUGCAGAGUGCUUGGACAAAACAGUAUGCACAAAUUAGAGGAGCUAAGAAUUUUAUUUAGUUUUGACUUGAAUAUGGAAUUCAUCCGGUUGUUAAUGAGCUAUUGCAAAAAUCUACGCAAACUGACCGAGCUGGAGAGUUGGGAGGGAAUAACUCCUUUAGAGUUGCAACAUUUUCGCACCUUCAUUCGUGCCAACAACAUUGAUUUAAACACAAAGCCUACUCUGUACACACCAAAUUGACAAAAUUUGACCUGGAUUACCUGUAGCUCGUGCGUAAACAUUUCUAUUGUGUGCAGAAAAGUGCCACUUCGCACACUAUUUAAACAAAUAACUCUUCUUUUAUAAAUUUUCAAAGAUUGAAUAGUUUAGGAUGAUUGUCUCUUGCUCAAAAUUUAGGUGCCUUUAAAUGCUACGAUGAAUUAACAUUUCAUACCCUAAUCAAUUUGUUAUGGCAAUUCACUGCUUGCAAGACAAACGGGCUUAAGUACAUCAAUAUUGUACUCACGCCCCUCUUUGAUUUUUAUGAUUUAGCAUCAUAUUUAAGUGAACACUAUAUGAACGUCAUAUAGUAUGUUAACAUUCUUAUUAGUUAUGUUUGUACCUUGUUGUCUACUUAUUGUCGUGGAUAUUAUUUGUAGGCCUAGUCAUAUUGUGUAAGAAGAGGUGGUUGUUCCAGAAUAGAACCAAAGUGUUUAACAAAUUUGAAAGUAUUAAUUAUUUUCUUAGCAAGAACUAGCAAAAUGCUUAUCACUUGGGAUGUGAUAUUUGCCCAGUUGUUUUAUCACUUGGAGUGCUGGGAAAUUUUUUUCAAUGCUAAUAAAAUAUAUUGGACGAUGAAUUAGCAUAUGAUGCCAGAAUAAUUUGUAACGUUAAUUUAGGUUUUGACUAAAACCUUACUUCAUAAGAUAGUAUCAGACUGUAAAUUCAGUUUUCCUUCACCUUAAAAUUAGUUUUAGUGUGAAGUUAUCAUUUGUUUAUCACUUGCGUGGUAAGAAUAUCUAGCACUGUACUUUAUAGGGUAUUGAAACUAACUUUUGUUUAAUAAAAAACUCUUAAUCAUUCUGUUUUGCCAAAAUAACUAUUCCUCGAUUGUGUUAAAACAUUAAAUAAACUACUUAAAAUAUUUACUUGAUACUUUCAAAGUUUUUAUUCAAUGUACGGUAUUUAUUAUCUUUGACUUAAUGUAACUCGCCACUUUAUUUGCACUAGGUUUCAAUGUAAUUUUCAGGCCAUCGCAUACUUUCAUGCUUUUAGGUCAAUAGUUUUCUGUACGACACUAUAAUUCAUCCUAGUUUGGCCAAUUUUUACCCCUAAAAAAUGUUGAUUAGAGUUUUUUUAUGGUUUAUUCAUUCAGCAAAGUUAUCAUAAGGAUUUUACUAAUCUCAUAGGCUAACUUAAACUAUUUAAAACAAAAUCCACUUUAAAAGUAGUAGUGUCUAACCACUUUCCCAGUAUACCAAGUUUUAGAUAAGUUUUUGCUUUUUAUUUCAUGUUAUACAUAUACUUUUUUAUAAUUGUUAUACUUAAUACAGAAUACUUGUAUCUUUGUUAGUGAUAGUUUGAUGUUAUCUCGCUUUUGUUACUUUAUAAAAUGUUUCUUUCAGUUAGCAAUUGAAGAAUUUUUUUAUAUUCUAGAUUUAAGGUAAAUAUGUGAUGCAACCAGUCUUCGUUAAACCAUUGUUUAUUGUUUUAAUCUUUACCAAUAUUAUAAAUGUCUUGUA